AUGCUCUCGAAGCCUACCUGGUCUGUUCAAUCACUCCUCCCAUCGGAAGAACAAGCAACGGACAGUCCCAGAAUAUCGUCGAGGCAGCUGCAUCAUCUACUCCGUCUCUCUGCCCUGCCAGCGCCAAAGAGCCCAGAGGAAGAAGCGAAGAUGCUUAAGACGCUCUCCUCCCAGCUACACUUCGUCAAGGAGAUACAGCGAGUGGAUACCGCCGGGGUCGCACCCCUACGCGCUAUACGCGACGAGACCGCUGCUGCGGAGAAGGAGAUUGAGAUCAACAUGGCCUCAAUGGCAGAUGCGCUUGCGCAAGAGGAGGUUCUGGGAAAGCAUCAUAAGCGCAUCAGGCGGAAGGAGAAGGCCCUAGUGAACAUGAAGGGCGCGGAAGACUGGGACGUCUUAGGCUAUGCACAAUGCAGAUCCGGGAAGUACUUCGUCGUGGAUAGCGGAAGCGAGUAA